UCGGAUUCACUGGAAAAUUACCAAACGCGCAAACCCACCUUGAAUGCAAACAAUAAAGUGAAGGCUUUCGGACGGAAUUCCCUGGAAUUUCACAGUGAUAAUGACGUCAGUGGAGAGUAUAGAGUGGUUGGAAGAGCUAUUGGCUGAGGUUCAGCUGGAGCAAUUCCUUCACCGAAUAACAGAUGACUUGCAAAUAACGAGGCUGGUGCACUUUAACUACGUCCAUUCCGAUGAUCUGGAGAAGAUUGGACUGGCACGGCCAGCAAUCAGAAGAUUGAUGGAAGCUGUGAGGAAGAGGAGGAAUGUCGCCUGGAGGCAGUCAUUGAUGGAGAAAAUCCUUCCAGGGGGAAAGAAGAAAGCACACACUGUAGCAGGAUCUCCCUCAAAAUCUUCCAGCUCCUCCAGUACUUGUUUGAUCCUGGAAAGGGAGAUCAUCCUGGCAGAUAAACUAGGAGAUGGAUCCUUUGGGGUUGUGAGGCGCGGUGAAUGGCGUCCAGGAGGUGGACCGGCCAUUCCUGUGGCUGUCAAAGUGCUCAAGGCUGAUGUCUCAAUGCCUGGAGUCGUUGAGGAUUUCUUCAAGGAGGUGCAAUCAAUGCAUGUGCUAGAUCAUCCAAAUCUCAUCCAUCUCCAUGGAGUGGUACUCUCAAAGCCCCUCAUGAUGGUCACUGAACUGGCAGAUCGAGGCUCUCUCCUGGACACAUUGCACACUCGCACCCUAAAACACCUUUCUCUCACGCACAUUUGGCGCUGGGCUGUCGAAGUGGCCACAGGCAUGGCGUACCUGGAGACCCGGAGAAUUCUUCACAGAGAUUUAGCCUGUCGCAAUGUUUUCCUCCAUGGCCCAGAGGAAAGAGUGAAAAUUGGAGAUUUUGGGCUGAUGCGCUCUUUGGCUCAGCAGGAAGACUGCUAUGUCAUGACUGAGCACCGAAGAGUGCCAUUCCCAUGGUGUGCUCCAGAAUCCCUGCGUCUCAGACAAUUUAGCCAUGCAUCGGAUGCCUGGAUGUUUGGAGUGACGCUGUGGGAAAUGUUUACGGGUGGUGAAGAGCCCUGGGUGGCACUAAACGGUGUCCAGGUACUCAAGAAGAUUGAAUCAGGAGAGAGGCUAGCCAUGCCAAAUCUCAGUUCUCCGGAAAUCUAUCAACUGAUGCUCCAGUGCUGGCACAAGGAUCCCCAGGAAAGGCUUUCUUUCUUAGAUAUCCAGAAAUUCCUCAAAUCCGUGCGUCCGAUAUUGGUGCGUGCUACAGUAGAUUAUUGCGAGAAUGAGAAUUUCUCCACACGUUCCGGCGAUACGAUAGCCAUAAUCGACGAUCGGCCGCAGCUGAAUUACGUCAAAGGUCAGAAUCAGCGUACAUUUGUGAUAGGAGCACUCCCAAGAAAUGUUCUGGAACCUGUAACUGUGCAGGCAAAUGAUAGAUCUCUCAGUCCGAGUAUAUUUGCUCUUAGGCAGAAUUCUGAGGAUUCUGCUAGGGUUCUCAGGAGGAGAACUUUCAAUUCGGCUGAUUGUCGAAGAGCCGAUGCAUUGACAUUGAAUAGGAAAUCUUGCCAGAAUUUUGAGAGAACUUCCAAGAAAUCAAUAGAAUCGCAUUCAAAGGAAAGGAGUUACAUUGCAGCACGGCAAUUUUCCUACAAUAAAUUGCGCAAUGAACAGGGAUUGAGUAUGAAGAAGGCGGUGCAGAAGCCAAAGCGUCCACCGCAGCCAAAGUUGGAUGGGAAAGUUGCUGAGGGAAAUUUAAUUGACUUAUCCUCACCAGAUGGGGACGUUUUGGGUGAUCUGAAGGGGAAAUUGAGUGAGGGAAGAUCUUUUAGUGCUGAAUGUAUUCUGGAUGCACCGAUAGAAGUGGCGACAGAGGAAGAAAUUGUCCAGGAUGAGAAUUUGCCAUCGCCAAUGUAUGAGAAUUCUCGGGAAAUUGAUCAUACUUCCUGGCAAUCGGUCAUGAUGGAGGCAUAUGAGGCAGCUGCUAGGAGUCAAGAAGUCUUUGAUCCCUUUGACACGUCUCAUGUCCAUGGAGAUGGCCAGGUAGAUGUCCAGGCAGAUGGUCAGACGGAUUUCCAAACACAGGAUAACUGGGAUUGUAUCCGGAAGCUUGAUAGUGUCCGGAGUCAUACGCCAACGUCAGAAAGUGGAUUUUUUACGCCACCAGAACGAGAGACUCCAGUGAAAGACUUCGUGGAGACUGAAUGUGCCACCACGACGACGCAGGGGCUAAUCAAUGAGAUUGUGGAGCCCAUUCAGGAGCUCAAUCUUCAAUACUCAUCGAAAAAUGUCACAAAUGUCUAUGAUACAGUGGAAGGAGGGAGUUUCUACCAGGAACUCUAUCCCAUUCUUCCUGUAACAUACCAAAAUAUUCCGGAUGCCUGGAAUUCGCCCAGAGUGUAUCCGGAUGCAGAAGCACAGAAACUCAAGCCUCAUCGACCAGCACCAUCAAUUCCCUCCUCAUCGUCGUCCAGGUAAUGACUCGAUCAUCGUUUGUGACUUGUGACAAAAAUCUCUGGUCUUCGUACCACAAUAGCCAAUUUAUCGCGGGAUAAUUUAACAAUUGCCCGCAUAUGGAUGUUCUUUUGUUCGUUUUUUUUUUUAGUUAUAUUGACCUUCCUCGAAUAUCCGAAAAAAAACUCAAUUGACAAAAAUGUAUAGCAAUGAUGAAUGUUUCAAAAGACUCUCAAAUGCAUUGUUCUCUUGUUUUUGAGAAAAAUGGAGAGCAGAAGUAUUACGUGAGCGUGAAUUAAAUUAGAAUAAAGAGGAGAUGAAUCUCGAAAA